GCGGGCUGCGGACGCGGCUCACUGGCGCGGUGCGCGCCGUGCGGGAAUCCCGGCGCGGGCGGGAUGGAGGCGGGCGGCGUGGGCGACUCGCUCCUUGCCGGAGCUUGCGUGUUCUUCACCCUCUGCAUGUUCUCCUCCGGCCUGUGAGAGCGCCGCGGGGCUGGGCUGGGGCAGAACCAGGAAACCAGGGAAGCCGCAAGAGGGGCCCCGCGACUCGGCCGCAGCCUCAGGCUGUGUCCGGGUCCUGGGGACCCCCCGCACCCGGGGGAUGGGGUCGAGGGAGCCGGGGUCCAGGAACAAGGCUGUUCGCUUGAUCGGGGCUGAGGGCGGGACCGGAAGGACGACAGGCAGCGGGAUCGCCACUCCGGGUGCCCCCUUCCCACCUCUCACCCCUGCCUUGGGGUUCGGGGUGCCUUACAGCUCGGACUUCAGGCACAUAUGGAAGACUCGGAGCGUGGACCAUGUGCAGUUCCUGCCCUUUCUCACCACGGACAUCAACACCCUGAGCUGGCUGAGCUACGGGGCCUUGAAGGGAGACUGGACGGUGAUCAUCGUCAACGCCGUGGGCACUGCGCUGCAGACCCUGUACGUCCUGAUGUAUCUGCACUUCUGCCCGCGGAAGCGCACGGUGCUCCUUCAGACCGCGGCCCUGCUGGGCAUCUUGUUCCUGGCUUUCAGCUACUUUUGGCUGCUGGUACCUGAGGAACAGCAGCUCCAGCAGUUGGGCCUCUUCUGCUGUAUCUGCACCAUCUCCAUGUACCUCUCACCAAUGGCUGACUUGGCCAAGAUCAUUCACACCAAGUCCACAAAAGGCCUCUCUUGGCCACUGACCAUUGCUUCCCUCCUCUCCUCUUCCUGCUGGUCCUUCUACGGGCUCCGUUUCCAGGACCCUUACAUUACAGUGCCGAACCUUCCAGGCAUUCUCACCAGCCUUCUUCGCCUCUGGCUUUUUUGGAAGUAUCCACAGGAGAGAGACAGGAACUACCAACUCUUGCAAACCUGAAGAGGUUCAGCGGCCCACUAGACACCUUAUUAUCAAACUGUUACCAAAGAGAAUGCCUUGUUUCAGCCAUUCCUGCUACAGAACUCCAAGGCUGUCUCAAAGAGACAACUUCAAGAAUUGAAGGACCAAAGAAAGAUUCAUUUAGAUGGGACCUGGGAGAUGAAUCGCUUUUAUUUUAUUUUUAUUUUUGAGAUGCUAUUUUUUAAUUUGGGAGGUUGGGGAGAAAUCUUUAGAAUGUGCCUUAAAAUAAACUGUUCCCAACUCCUGCCUCUCAUGA